AUGCAUCAUACUCGGCUUCUCUCCUUGAUCAAGGUCUUCAUCAUCAGUUCAGAGGCCAAUGACCCGGUGCCUUGGUUUGCGAACCAGGACUACCUCGCUAUCUGUAUUGCAUGUCAUUUUGCCGAAUGGGUGACGCGCUCAUACGCGACACCAAUUGUCUUUCCUAGUGCUUCGAUCACCCAAACGUCUUAUAUGGACCUGCGUGCUUGCAGCUUGAUGAUGCCAACGACUAUCUGUGGGCCCCUACUGUAUGCCUCCGAGAAGCUUCUCGAGGGCACAUCGGCCGAGACACGCAGUUGCAUCCAAUCGACCAGCGACCUCAGAACAAACCUGUAG